UGUUGUACAACUUAUUAGUGUGGAUAAUUAAAGCUUUAAAAAAGAUUUAAUGGUAAUUGAUCUUUUAAUUGAAUUUUUAAAUAUUUAUUUCAGGAGGAUUAGGAUAUACUUUCACUGAAUAUGCUCGAUUAGCAGAAACAGUUGGAAGAAAUCCUUCAAUAUCUCGUAUUCUUAGCAUGCAUGAAUUAAUGGGAAUUCAGAGUAUAUUAAUAGCUGGUACAAAUGAACAAAAAGAAAAGUAUAUUUCCAAAUUAGCUAGUGGAGAAUAUAUUUCUGCAUUUUGUUUGACGGAAUUAGAUUCAGGCUAUGAUCCUGCUUCAGUAUCAAUAUUAGCAGAAUUUUAUGAAGACAGAAAAAAGCUUGUUUUAAAUGGAAAAAAAGUUUGGGUUACUAAUGGAAAUAUUGCUGAUAUUUUCAUUGUUGUUGCAAAAAUUCCAUCACCUGAAAAACAUUCUGAAAGCAUUGGGUUAAUUAUUGUUGAAAAAAACUCAGAAGGUAUUACUCUUGGAACUCCUGAGAAAAGUCUUGGUCUUACUGGUUGCAACAUAUGUUCAGUGGAAUUCAAAGAAACUAUAGUUCCUGCAGAAAAUAUAAUUAAAUCUGAUGAUGGAUCAAUUGAGCAUCUUUUAAAAAUAUUCAGUUAUGGAAUGUUUGGAAUAGGAGCAUCAACAACUGGAUUCUUGAAGGAAUUAUUUGAUAAAACUGUCAACUAUGCUAUUCAUAAAGACAUACUUCAGAAACCAAUGAUUGAAAAUGAAUUAAUACAGGAAAAAAUGGGUGAAAUUGCAUGUAAAAUCUAUGCUAUUGAGAGUAUGGUGUAUUUAACAGCUGGUAUAUUAGACAUGGUAGAAGAACCAGACUGCAAAAUUGAAAAUGCUAUUUUAAAGGUAUUUGGUGCUGAACAAACAUGGUGGUGUGUGAACAAAUGCAUUGAGAUCCUGGGAAGUAGAAGUUAUUUCAAAAAUUAUCCUUACAGCAGAUAUCUAAGAGAUUCUCUUGCUUGGAAUAUAGUUGAGGGAUCAUCAGAUAUGUUGAAAAUGUAUAUUUCUCUAACUGGUUUCAAUUAUGCAGGAAGUCAUAUAUCUGAAAAUGUUAAGAAAUUGAGGAAUCCUUUGUUUAAUCCUGUGUUUAUAUUUAAAAAACUGAUAGAAAAAAACAAAAUUGAACGAAAUAAAGCAAAUUUGUCAAUGGACAUAGCUGGCCAUCUUCAUCCUUCCUUAAAAUCAAUGGCAAAUAAUCUGGAACAAAAUGUAAUAAAAUUACAGCAUGCAGUAGAAAUAUUGUUUGCUACUUAUGGGCAGAUAUUAAUAGAACUGAUGAAAAUUACCAAGAAAUUGCAUCUAAAUUAUUUACUUAUAAAGGUUAUAUUAUAGAAGAUCCUUUGAAAUAUAACUGGUAACAAUAAAUUAUUUUGUGAAAAAAUCUGAAUUGAAACUGUUCUUUAAUGUAGUGUACUGUAUUUCAUAGAUUGAAUAAUAUAUUUUAUCCUAGAAUUUUUUGUAACUGUUAAAAUAAACAUCUGGAUGCAAAAGUUUAAGAA